UUAAUAAACUGCAAAUGUCUCACCCAAAUGGAGUUGCAUCUCCAUUAUUUAUUUUCAUCUUGGUUUUCACUUCUUUGUUUUUUCCCAAGUUUGUUUUAGUGUUUGGGUCGUCACCUGCUGAGGAACGCAGCUUCAAGAGAUCAGAUCCUUUGCCUCAUUCCAAGUACUACAAUGGCACCUACGAUGUUACAAACAAACACUAUUGGGCUUCUGCCGCAUUUACAGGAGUCCAUGGAUAUGUAAUAGCGGGCAUUUGGAUGUUAUCUGGGCUUGGUUUUGGCAUUUCCAUGAUUUUCAAGACCCUAAAGAGUACUGCUUCUUCUCCGGCUAUUCACCUUUUGGAUGGCUACUAUGUCUUUAUGUUCCUGCUGGUCCUCCUGUUUACCUUUCUCGCCAUUCUUGCCACCAGUUUCGUACUCGCAGAAAAUCACAACUUCUUGAACAAGACACAAAAAUUGAAGAAUACGAUUAUGAAAUCAGGCCAGGAUGUGCGAACAACCAUCAAAAAAGUGAUUAACUCCAUGCGAAUAAUACAACACCUAUUACAUCCGUAUGAACUAAAUACUACCCGCGAAUUGAGUGUAACCUCUCAUAGACUUGGAAAUGCUUCACGAGCCAUCCGAAGAUUUGUUCUCAAGAAUGGUCACACGAUCGACCUCACAAUUCGUUCUUCGUACAAAUUACAUUUGGUAGGGAUAAUCUUCAAUUUGGUAUUGGUGGUCACGGGGCUAGUUCUUCUCCUGUUGCAUUGGCAUCCCGGAUUCAUCACUAUAAUUGUCCUCUGCUGGAUCUUAACAACUCUAUUCUGGGUUAUGACAGGCUUUGAUUUCUUCCUCCAUACUUUUUCAGAAGAUACUUGUUCAGCUUUUGAGAAUUUUAUUCAAAAUCCUCAAAAUAACAGUCUGAAAUCUAUCUUACCAUGCAUUGAUUCCUCCAAUUCAGAUGGAAUAUUAACAGACAUUGGCCGCAUUAUUCAUACUUCUAUAGCCAAGAUGAACUCAAAAAUAACAAAUGUAUAUCGAGUGCUCGGGUUAAACAGACAAAAUAAUGAUAUAUCAGAGUUUGGCAAGAUCUGUAACCCUUUCUCAGAAGGGCCUAAUUACACCUAUAAUCCUGGAAAGUGCCCCAGGAGUGCCAUUCCAAUCGGUGAAUUAUCACUGGUUCUUUCAAGAUUCACAUGCUACAAAGAGAAUUCAACUAAAUCAUGCAGAAGACAGAGAAAAAUUAUUCCCCAGAAGGCGUAUGACAAGGCUCUGGCUUAUAGUCAAUCUCUACAAGACAUGCUGAAAAUAUACCCAGACUUGAAAAGCUUGACAGAAUGCACCAUUUUGAAAGACACAUUUGCUGAUGUUGUUAUGAAUCAAUGCAAGUCGUUCAAGGUUUCAAUUCAAUUGUUAUGGUCAUCAAUGUUGUCUCUUUCCAUUUUCAUGGUGACUUUAGUAGUAAUUUGGGUGGUAAGAGCUUUUCAAGAGAAGGGAAGAUGCUUCUCUAGAUGCUCCAUCGUCCCUAACUCUUCUGGAUAGUUUAUCAAUUAGGAUUGACUGUACAUAAGUUUUAGGAAAAUUUGAGGCUGGGGAAGUUGUAUUUUUUAUUUUAUUUAAAACCAGUUCAAAAAUAGCAGUCCAUGACUGUCG